UCAUGCUUCCUGGCUUCACUCACAUGCUCAGAGGAGGAAGAGCUGUUUGGUCUUAGCCGCACAUGAAGCAGCUCAGUCUAUUUUAAACCACUCUGGACUGGACCUGGGAUAUUUUUACACCUCUUGUGUGGCAGACUGGGCUCACGGAGCGGAGUUUUGGAGGCUUUUUCCGAGUUCUGAGUUUGGAUUUCUCUCCAUCUCGCUCACUGUGACCGUGUGAGCGACUGAGGCGGUGUGUGCGUGCGUGCAUGUGUAUGAGCGCGACCGAGGAGCAGGAUGAUUGCCGCCCAGCUACUCGCCUACUACUUCACUGAACUCAAGGAUGACCAGGUUAAAAGGAUUGACAAGUACCUCUACUCCAUGCGUUUCUCCGACGAGACGCUGGUGGACAUCAUGCAGCGCUUUCGGCGGGAGCUGGCUCAGGGACUGGGCCGGGACACGAACCCCACGGCCACGCUGAAGAUGCUGCCGACGUUUGUGAGGUCCAUCCCCGAUGGCUCGGAGAAAGGAGACUUCAUAGCGUUGGACUUGGGCGGCAGUAACUUCCGGAUCCUCCGCGUCAAAGUGAGCCACGAGAAGAAGCAGACGGUCCAGAUGGAGAGCGAAAUCUACGACACGCCGGAGGACAUCAUCCACGGCACCGGGACCAGGCUCUUCGACCACGUGGCCGAGUGUCUCGGCGACUUCAUGGACAAGCACAAGAUCAAAGACAAGAAGCUCCCGGUUGGAUUCACCUUCUCGUUCCCCUGCCAGCAGACCAAGCUGGACGAGGGGCAUCUGAUAACAUGGACCAAGCGCUUCAAGGCCAGCGGAGUGGAGGGGAUGGACGUGGUCAAACUGCUCAACAAGGCCAUCAAGAAACGAGGCGACUACGAAGCCGACAUCAUGGCUGUGGUCAACGACACCGUGGGGACCAUGAUGACCUGUGGCUUUGACGACCAGCGCUGUGAAGUCGGCAUCAUCGUCGGUACCGGCACCAACGCGUGCUACAUGGAGGAGCUGCGUCACAUCGACCUGGUGGAGGGAGACGAGGGCCGCAUGUGCGUCAACACCGAGUGGGGCGCCUUCGGGGACGACGGCAUGCUGGAGGACAUCCGGACGGAGUUCGACCGGGAGAUCGACCGAGGCUCCCUGAACCCCGGCAAGCAGCUGUUCGAGAAGAUGGUGAGCGGCAUGUACAUGGGCGAGCUGGUGCGCCUCAUCCUGGUGAAGAUGGCCAGGGAGGGCCUGCUGUUCGAGGGGAGGAUCACCCCGGAGCUGCUCACCAGAGGGAAGAUCGAGACCAAGCACGUCUCCGCCAUCGAGAAGAGUAAAGAGGGCCUGACCAAAGCCAAGGAGGUGCUAAUUAAGCUCGGAGUGGAGCCGUCGGCCGACGACUGCAUCGCCGUGCAGCACGUUUGUGCCAUUGUGUCCUUCCGCUCCGCCAGCCUGAUCGCGGCCACCUUGGCCGGCAUCCUGACGCGCCUCAAGGAGAACAAAGGAGUGACCCGGCUCCGGACCACGGUGGGCAUCGACGGCUCGCUCUACAAGAUGCACCCGCAGUACGCCCGGCGGCUCCACAAGACGGUCCGCCGCCUGGUGCCGGACUCGGACGUCCGCUUCCUGCUGUCGGAGAGCGGCAGCGGGAAGGGCGCCGCCAUGGUGACGGCCGUGGCCUACAGGCUGGCGGAGCAGCACCGGCAGAUAGACCAAACGCUGUCCGAGUUCCGCCUGAGCACGGAGCAGCUGCUGGAGGUGAAGAAGCGAAUGAGGACCGAGAUCGAAAACGGGCUGUCUAGGAGCACGCAGGACAUCGCUACUGUCAAAAUGCUGCCGACCUUCGUUCGAAGCACCCCCGACGGCUCGGAAUAUGGAGAUUUUCUGGCUUUGGACCUGGGAGGAACCAACUUCAGAGUUCUGCUGGUCAAGAUCCGCUCUGGGAAGAGACGCUCGGUGGAGAUGCACAACAAGAUCUACGCCAUUCCCCUGGAGGUGAUGCAGGGCACGGGAGAGGAGCUGUUUGACCACAUCGUGCACUGCAUCAGCGACUUCCUGGACUACAUGGGGAUGAAGAACGCCCGUCUUCCGAUGGGCUUCACCUUCUCGUUCCCCUGCAAGCAGACGAGCCUGGAUGCUGGCAUCCUGGUGACAUGGACCAAAGGCUUCAAGGCCACAGACUGUGAAGGAGAAGAUGUGGUGGGGCUGUUGAGGGAGGCCAUUAAGAGGCGAGAGGAGUUCGACUUGGACGUCGUGGCCAUUGUCAAUGACACGGUGGGAACCAUGAUGACCUGCGCCUACGAGGAACCCACCUGUGAAGUUGGACUCAUUGCCGGCACCGGCAGCAACGCCUGCUACAUGGAGGAGAUGAGGAACAUCGAGAUGAUUGAGGGAGACGAGGGCCAGAUGUGCGUCAACAUGGAGUGGGGCGCGUUCGGCGACAACGGGUGCCUCGAUGACUUUAGGACGGACUACGACCGAGCGGUGGACGAGUUCUCUCUCAACCCAGGCAAACAAAGAUAUGAGAAAAUGUGCAGCGGCAUGUACCUCGGUGAGAUUGUGAGGAACAUCCUGAUAGACUUGACCAAGAGAGGAUUUCUGUUCCGAGGACAGAUUUCUGAAACGCUAAAAACCAGGGGCAUCUUCGAGACCAAGUUCCUGUCGCAGAUAGAGAGUGACAGACUGGCCUUGCUGCAGGUGAGGUCCAUCCUGCAGCACUUGGGCCUGGACAGCACCUGUGACGACAGCAUCAUUGUCAAAGAGGUGUGCGGAGCGGUGUCGUGCCGCGCUGCUCAGCUGUGUGGGGCGGGAAUGGCGGCCGUGGUGGACAAGAUCAGAGAGAACCGUGGCCUGGACCACCUGGACAUCACCAUAGGGGUGGACGGGACGCUGUACAAACUCCAUCCACACUUCUCUGGGAUCAUGCACCAGACGGUGGAGGAACUCGCUCCCCAGUGUAACGUCAACUUCCUGCUGUCGGAGGACGGCAGCGGCAAAGGAGCGGCGCUCAUCACGGCCGUGGGCUGCCGCCUCCGGCAGGAGCUCAACGGUCAAUAGGAAGCGCCCCCCCCCCCCCCCCCCCCCCCCCCUCGCUGACCCCCCAACCCCCCCAUUUCCCUGGUUCCCUUCCUCCUCCUCCUCUUCCUCCUCUCUUUUGUCACUAGUCCAGUGCGUGCGUCUGCUGUGUUCGGCUCCAGCGAGUCGCGCACUGUGCCGUAGUUUAGGUUGUGUUUGAUUAGCCAUUGUUUCCAGGCCAAGGCUGUUUCUGGGGUUAAACUCGUAGAGAUAAAACACGCACAUUCAGCUCCUGGGCAGGAAAAAAAAAGACUUCACUGGCUCCUGAUGCUCCCGCGUCACCAGCUGGAGGAUUCGACGAACGACGCCGGUGCGAGAGCUGCGGGACGCGAUCGACACCAACAGUCAGGAAAAGCAGAUUUACUGUAGACGAAGCCACCAAGCGUCUGCUGUUCACUGGCUUCUCUGUCUGUACUGUAAAGUAGACAUGAGAUGAUGUAUAAAUGUGGAAUGAAUGAAAGGGAAUAUAUUUGUUUAGGGUUUGUAAUGUCUAACCCAGAUAUAAUACAUGAUGCUAAACCUACAUCAUUGCUAUUUAUUGUUUUUUUUUAUACUGGGUUUCUGCUGCAAUGACCCAAACCUCAGAAGGUACCUGAUGAACCCCUAACAUGUUCUUGCUGUAGGCACAGGAUCAGAUCCAGUUUAUUUCCGGUCUAGUGUUCUCUGAUGCGCUCUAAUGUCAGACGGUGGACUUUGAAGUCCAAAUCCUCCGUUGAGCAGCAGGAGGUGGUGCUAACGCAGACGCCGGGAGAACAAGAGCGGCCGAACGCUGCCCUCAGCGAGUCGCUGUGAGGCCCAUUCAAGUAGCACAGCUCAGUAUUUCUAGUCCUCUUUGACAUGAGUGAAAUCAGCUCAAUUAUAACCUAAUGCUCCUUUUUAGCGAGCGGAGGUGUCAUUUUGUGGUGUUCAAGACUGUAAUAAAUUUAAAGAGAUUGAUUUUUGCACUAAUGCGUCCGGUCGGUGCUGUAAGCGGAUAAAUAGGUUUAAAUCCUGACUGGUGAGCACAGACGAGCACUCCAACCGCAGCCAGCUGCACCUGCUAAAAAGGGGCAACCAGCGAGGCUCCCUUUAAUAUUCCGUCUAGCUACUGUACGGCCGUCACAGUGCACAACCUGGACUGUGCCGGCCCAACGCUCGGCCACUAAAUAAAAGCAAACCUGUGUC